GUUGUAGAUCAUGUGACCAUACGAAUGGUCACAUGAUUCUGCUAAUUUUUCGUUUUGUUUAUUUUGUAAUUUCUCUAAUACGUGACCUGAAGAAGCAGUAGAUGUGGCUUUAAGAAAUUUGUUAUUUGACAGCGUUUGAAAAUUCCUUCGCUUCAAGUUCCAACUAUACAAUGUCUUGGGUAGUGGACAUUUGUUUUUUACUUGUUGUGUCAUCGAGCACUUUAUCAGCUCUUCCUCUCGUAAUUAAUACGUGGGCCUUCAGAAAAGCAACCGACAAAGCAUGGCAGACUCUCCAUUCUGGGUCUUCAGCACUAGAUGCAGUAGAGAAAGGCUGUCAACAGUGUGAAAUUGAUCAAUGCGAUGGAAGUGUGGGAUAUGGAGGUAGCCCGGAUGAAAGAGGAGAAACAACCUUAGAUGCAAUGAUUAUGAAUGGUGACACAAUGGAAGUGGGUUCAGUUGCAGAUCUUCGCAGGAUCAAGAAUGCUAUUGGAGUUGCACGAGCAGUAAUGGAGUACUCCAGACAUACUCUUUUAGUUGGUGAAUCAGCCUCCCUUUUUGCUCAAAAUAUGGGUUUUAUUUCUGAGGAUUUAGAAACUAACACAUCACUAUCUAUAUUCGCAAAUUGGCUCAAUAAGAACUGCCAGCCAAACUUUUGGCAGAAUGUUUCUCCAGACCCCUUGGAGUCGUGUGGUCCAUAUAAGCCAGCACCUGGAGUGCAAAAAAGAGAGAGACUUCCAAAAAUUAUUAUUCAAAACCAUGACACUAUUGGAAUGAUUGUGGUUGACAGCUUUGGUCAUGUGGCAGUUGGAACAUCAACAAAUGGAGCAACACAUAAAAUUGCAGGCCGUGUGGGAGAUUCACCAAUUCCUGGAGCAGGAGCCUAUGCAGACAGCACAGCUGGAGGAGCAGCAGCCACUGGAGAUGGUGAUAUAAUGAUGCGAUUCCUUCCAAGCUAUCAAGCAGUGGAGUAUAUGAGGACAGGAAUGGAUCCAUCUCUUGCUUGUGGAAAAGUGAUCAGCAGAAUCAAGAAAUACUUUCCAAGUUUCUUUGGAGCCAUUAUAUGUGCUAAUUCAACUGGAAGUUAUGGUGCUUCAUGUAACAGAAUACCACAGUUAACACAAUUCAGCUUCAUGGUGUAUAAUUCGUCAGUUGAUGGACCAGUCCAAAAUGUGGUGACUUGUAUUUAAAUGCAUAAUUGAUAAAGAAUGAGUAUUAUUUGACUUUGUUUAGUUUAAUAAAGGAUGAACAAUUUGUAAUAUUCAUGUUUUCAAAAAUCAUUAAGAACAUUCAAUGAAUUAAUUUAAUUGAUUUAUUUUGCAAUUGUGAGUGUAACUAUUAAAGAAUCAUUUUACAGUAUUAACCAAAUAAAAUAUUUUGAUAUUAACAGUUUUAAUUUUUUCAUUAGGUUACUGAUAUGUCACCAGUUCAUCCUGGUGCAAGAUUGGGCACGGCUGCAUGUUGUCCCCGGGCUACUCAAAAAUAUCUAAUAUUCCAGCCCGCAUGAGGUGUUCUUAACAAGAUACUACAACAGUUGGUUUGUCUAAAUGUAAUAUAUCGUUAUGCAGUGUCAUCCAAAAGUAAUACGAUAACCCAAGCUUGUACCAUUCAAUUAUGGAAAGUGUGUAACUCCACUAUGUAAAUGACAGUUAUGUAUGAUUUUAGAUCAAAAGUUCCCAAACUUUUUUCGGCCACAAACCCCUUUACCAAAAACUUUUAAAACCGUCGACCCCCUAGUCAUU